GGUGUAGGACUAUAUAAGAUAAUAUAGUCUAUCAUCUAUGAUCUAUGUAAUAAAUUAUCAAUCUCCUUAUACUUAUAGGUAUAAUUGUGUAAAAAUUGGUGGGUAUAAGUAAUUUCUAGUUUGUGUAGUGUUAAAUGCUAAAAUUAAUAACCAAAUGACCUUGCGUUUUUAAGUAUUAAUAUUAAAUAUACUUUUAUCAAUCUUAAAAUGCCUUCUAAUUUUUUACUCUAGACUUUAGUGCUACAGAAUAAAUACUACUAAAUUAAUUUUUUUAUAUUUUUUUAAAAUUCUCAAAACAAAUUAUAUAUAAUAUUAGUUAAAAAUGAUAUUUUAUAUAUAAUCAAACUAUGGCUGAAUUCAAACAGAAAAUAAAACAAUUCUUGGAUACUAAGGGAACUGUUAAAAUCCCUUUAAUUGGAUCUCAGGAUUUUUGGGAUAAUACAAGACAAAUAAAUAGUGUACCUAAAUUGGAAACUAACAGUGAUAAUAUAUCUGAAGAAAAAUGUGAUGCAGAAGUUAUAUUAAACAUAGAUCAAGUUUAUUUCAAUGAUUGCGGUUUUGAUUAUGCCAGAUUUGAGUUAGAGGUAAUAAAUAAAUUGCCAGAAACUAUUGACAAGAAAUUAACUGCCAAUGAUAUAAGAAAAUUAAAGGCACAACAUGAAAUUGUUAAAAAACAGUUAUUACAAUUAAUUCUUGAAAACCAGGCUGCGUGCGAUGAAGAAUUAGAUAAAAUCGAAGUACUGCAAAUCGAUUUAAAAUCAAGUUUGGAAAACUGUGAACAUGCUAAAAAUCGUUUGAAACUAGCUAAACGACAAAUAACAACAGCUGGGUUGGGUCUUUUAGGAAAUUGUAGAAAAAAAUCUAUAAUUAUUGAUUUGUUAAACUCAUUAAAUAGCAUUAAAGUUCUGUUACAAACAGAGAAAAAACUUGAAGAAUUAAUUUCAAAAGCAAAUUAUGUCAAAGGAAUAGCUUUACUAUUAGAGUGUAUACAAGGAGCAUCUGCUUUUAAACAGUUUACUUGUAUAGCAGCAUUAUCUUUGAAGCUUCAAGAUGCAUUAAUCAUGACUGAAGAACAAUUGGAUAUUGUUUUAUCAAAUAUGUGUUUCAAUUUUGAUCAUGAAAAAUAUUCUGCAGUUCAAGAAGCAUAUCGUCGGUUAGGAAAAAGAAGAAUUGCUAUUGAUCAACUUCAUAUGCACUAUACUUCAGCAGUUCACACUGCUUCUUUCGAUACUAUUAAUUUAUAUGUAGAUGUUGAGCGAGUCGAGAGUGAAAAAAAAUCAUUUGUUCACUUAUGUCAGUGUAUUCCUGAUGAACAAUUAAUUCCAUGUCUAAUAGCACUAAGUAAAAUAUUUUGGAAUAUUUUACAAAGCUAUAAAAAAGCAGCAGAUUGGCAUAAGGAGUUUAUUGAUGUAAGCCCAGAUAUUGAAGAUGAUAUUGAAGAGUAUGUAAAUCAAGAAUAUAUAAACAAGAAAUUUGAAGUUGGCCCUACUCGAUUAUGGGGAGAUAUGAUUACCAAGAUAUCCAAUUUAGUAUUUAACUCAAAUAUGACUCAUUUUAAAUUUGACGACUUCCUUCAAGUGUUGUCCAUUUUAAAGAAGCACAUUAAAAUUGGUGAAGAAUUUUGCGAUAGCAAAUCGGAGCAAUUACAAAAUGAUACAAAAAAUGCGUGUAUUAUUUAUUUUCAUGCUUACCAUAAAAACAGUUUAGAUGAACUUGCAAUUUUUUUUGAAAAUGAAAGUUGGACUUUAUGCCCUGUUAAACGAGAAUUUAACUUAUUUCAAUUACAAGAAUUCAAGUCUUUGAAAAAUUAUAUUCAGAAAACUGGAAAAUUAACUCAUAGUAGAAACUCUUCAUUGGAUAGUAGUUCUAUAAGCACAAGUGACUACAGUAUUAGACCAGACAAAUCACCAUUUGAUGAUGAUUUGAAUACAACUUAUAGUGAAGAUAUUUUAGAUAUGGAAAUGGAAAUAAAUAGUAUUUGUAGUGAUGACAGUAAUAAUAGUUAUGAAGAAGUAGAUAACUAUAGUGUACCUACUGAAAACGGUGACAGACCGCCUUUACUUACAAAUACAACAUUGACUGUUAUGAGACAUUGUGGAAAAUAUUUAAAAAUAUGCAAUGUGUUAAAAUCUAUAUCUGAAGAUGUAGUAGCUAGUUUAUGUCAGUUAUUUGAGUAUUAUUUAUAUUCAGUUCAUUUAUUGUUUACCUCUGAUAGUAUUCCACCGAUUUGUGGAAAUUUCAAUAGCGUUAAGCUUCAAUCAGUUAUUAAUAGAAUUCAUAAUACAUUUGUGCAAUGUAAUAUUGAAAACGAAAAUAUUGAAGGUUCAUUUGUUCGUGAACCUGAUGCUGUUCAUAUGUUACGGCUAGCUGAUGCAAAUAAUUUGUAUGGGGUUUCUGAAAGAGUAGUUGCAGUGGAAUCUUUAGUAUUUUUAGGAGAACAAUUUAAGUUAUUACUUAAUUACUUAAAUUCAUUAUCAACAACCGAUUCAGGAAUUUAUUCAUUGCAACAAUUUUAUAACCAGACAGUUGCAGUAGCUGUAGAUCUACGAAAGCCAGUAUAUGGUCGUGUGGUUUGCAAAGCAAUUGAUUAUAACCAAGUUCAUAGUAUGAUGACUAAGGUAAAUUGGGAAGUAAAAGACAUCAUGUGUGAACACAGCAGAUAUGUUGAUUAUUUUCUUCAGGAGCUGCGAGCAUUUUUUAAAUCUCUUAAAUCAUCAACAUCAAGUAUAUACUUAAAUGAGCAAAUAUUAAAUGCUAUUUGGGAAUCAAUAGGCGUUCUUGUUUCUUCUGUAUUUAUUGAAGGAUUUUCAUCAGCUAAAAAAUGUUCAAAUGCUGGACGUGCUUUGAUGCAGUUAGAUUUUACUCAAUUUAUGUCACAGAUAAAAUCAAUUUGUGCUAUUGGGCCGUUACCUUAUAAAGAUUUAGUUGAAGUUUAUAUAAAAGCAUAUUAUUUACCAGAGACAUCUUUAGAAACAUGGACAAGAGAUCAUCAGGAGUAUUCACACAAGCAACUAUUAGCAGUUAUUAAUUGUGUAUGUCAAAAUAAUAAAAGACUUCGACAAAAGCUGACCAACUUACUAGAAGAUACUAUUCAAAGAUAAGAUUCCUUGUAAUUCAGUAAAUAAUUAAAGCAUGUUGUUUAUUGUUUAUAUAAUUAAGUUAAUUAACAAAACAUAAUCGAUUUUCUUACUAUAUUAUAAACAUAUGAGUUAUUACUUCGCCCUAAGAUGCAUUAUUUGUUUUUUUUUUCAAGU